CAAGAACAAGACAUUCUUCCUCGAAUAUGAUUUCGAACUCCGUGGAGUAUCGUGGAAGCAAGUUCCACUAGCUUUGGCGGCCCUGGAAAGCGGUAGACGUACUGAAACUGACGACUCGUGUGCGCGAAUUGCUUUGAGGAAAGCAGUCCCUAGAAAAACACGCGGGAAAAGGAAACUUCAUAGAAAGAAUGUACAUCAUUUGAAGAUGUCUGCCAAGGAUAAGAGCAUGAUCAAGGCUCAACAAAACGGUGGAGCACGUCUCCAUGCUAAAAAUGCACGAAAAAGUCGAAUGAACGAAGCGCUGACAAUAACGUUUUCCUUUGGUGGGAAAUCUGAUGCGCGAUCAUCUUCGAAAACGCAGAAAGAAGCAGAACUACAAGACGGAGAGGCUGACGUGCAGAGCAGCGCUUCGGGAAAAACAAUUAAGAAGCAAAAUGAACAGACAACACCUGCUUCCCAAUCCGAAGACAAGGACGGUAAUAAAGCUGCUACAACUAAAGACGUGGAUUUUCCGAAAUUGCGACCGCCAGUACCCGCUCAGUAUUGGUACUCUGGUGUGCGAAGCGGAAAGAGCUUCGUCUAUGUUCCCGAUGACGCGAGACCCGCUGAUCUCUGUCGCUGCACGAGCGCGGCAUUGCAACAAGAACACGGAGAGGCAAUUACCAGUGCGAACACUAGCAGGUACGACCAUGAGAAGUAUCAUCAAAAUACGGCAAAAGCUUUGUCGAGCAUGAGUGCCGCAGCAACAUCGUGGUCGGAGCGCACAAUUUUGAAGAGGCUUUUCUGCAGCAAACUCGAUUUCGAAGACUGUUUGCAGAGUGGUGCACAGCCCGACGGCGGAUCCUGUCGCCUCGGGGCGGACUCAGACAAGGCAUUGUUUUUAGCAGAAAACCGGAAAAUGCGAUUUCCUUAUGUAGGUGGUCAAGAGCAAGAAGAAGAAGCGUCUACUUCAUUUUUCCAAUCGUCCUUGAAGGAGAAGGAGAAUUUAGCCACGACAGUGCAUGCUGAGGUUGAGCAGUUUUGUCUACGCAGCGCUCUUUUGUGGUCCCGUUCUACAACUCGUUUGCAGCACCUCACUGGGAGUACAGGCGUCUUCAGAAGCGCUUUUAGUCAGGGUCUAGCGGCGCUCGUUCAUCUAGAAGUCGAAGACAAGGUUACCAACGAGCAAAAGCAGGACAAUCACCUGCUAGUGGUACGACCAGGCGCGACCUCACUGGUUGCGGCUGACGUUCUUGCUUUGCCACGUGAAUGGUUCAGCGCUGGGCACGUUUUCGGCGACACGCCUAGAGGAGAUGUUGAGGACAAACGGGGCACGAAGAUGAAGAUGAUCCGUGUUUACCAGUAUCAGCUGACUCUCUCGAAUAAAGAGGCUCUUUCGCAACAAGCCCGUGUCGAGUCAAAUGAAAUACAACAAAACGUGCUAGAAGAAUAUCCUCACGAUGUUGCUCAACCAGGGUUGUUCUCCGAGGAGGCGCUAGAAUCUGCACUGGGGUCGCACAUGAGCGACCUCCACCUGGCGCUUGAUGGUGGAGACAGAAUUUCGAAGAGCGACCUUCGGGAAUCGUUGCAGAGUCGGCUAAGGGAAGAGCUAUCGGUACUGAACAUGAGGAACGGACUGGCAAACGACGGAGAUCCAAUAGAAGUCUCCUAUGAAGACGUGGAAAGUAGAGACUACAAGCCGGACGCAAAGAUAGGCAAGGUUGAUGAAGUUGGGAGAUCAUCGUCCGCAGCAGCCGUUUCAGCCCUGUCUGCUGUUAGUACUAAGACGUCACCUCGUUUUUCGCAACCACGACGACAAAUUCCCUCGGUUUUGUUCCUAGAAGAAGGAAACCUCAACCAUCUUCAGGAUUCUGGCGAAAGUUCCCAGGAAAACCCUGAGCAACAUCAAGAGCAGAUGAUACGAGGCGAACUUUCCGUCGUGCUCGACAUGAGCGACUUUUGCUCGCUUUUACACCCUAGCACGAACGACAUCACGGAAACAUCAAUAACCACUCCUGGAGGUGAAGCUAUCACUCUGUCGAACAGACCCAUUGUAUCUGCAGACUUAUUGCAGGAAGAGCUAGCAGCAUUCGUUCGUCCUGUGGUCCGGGAAGCGACGCGCGUCUCCCUCUACGAAGCAACAGGACUGAGGACAGCUCUGGUUGAAACGAACAAAAAACCGAUCUUUACCGGUUGUAGUACUACAAGGACACAGGAGUCGUCUACAACAAGGGCUAGUAGUAGUACAGGCCAAGAAUCCCAAUCUUCGAAUACGAAAGAUUCUGCUUUCUCUUCAUCCUCUAGAAGCAAUCUAAUGUUGACACUAUCGGCCGAAUUUGUAGCGGCGGGUGCUGGAAAAAGAAGAAGAAGAACAUCAAGUACUUUUGGGCGGACGAAAGCUGUGAGCCUUCAAAAGGGAGAGGAGAAAAAUUACGACUCAAAAAGCAACGCCUACGCCCUCUUACUGGGGAAGCCAUUCGAGACUGCAGUGAAGCGGAGGGUUUCCGACGGGACAAGCAUAGCAGUAUUGUCCUCCAAAGUGGUGCAGUUGCGUACUUUUGAUGGGAAACAUGUGCCUGACGAGAAGGAAAAGGUGAACAGGAAGGAGGACGAGAAGGAUACCACAACACCAGCGAAUACCAACCCAGAUUCUAGCAACAGCUUCUCCUCAGAGACUGGCGUUGAGUUUAUGAAGAUGGCAUCUCCGACAACUACUCCGACGCACAACACGGGAGAGGCCCAGCGCAAGGCUUCACUGCUAUACGAGAUAAGGAAGACGACCGACGUGGACGAUGUCGAGGAGGAGGCCCCUGAAGGCGAGUUAGUAUUGGAAGACAUGCUGAGGGGGCAAAUCACUGUAGGAAUCGUGUACGACAGUAGUUCUGACACGAUUUCAAGCGUGACAGAGAGAACUGCUGUACAGGAUGCCAUUCGUGAUGGGAUUGCAGAGGCCACAGGCUUUUCGAAUGACGUCGUGACUCUGUCGAGCGUGUUUGAAGAGGCAGCGCCUAUUGCAAGUAGCAGUUUCAUCGGACCAGAAAGAGAGACAGGUCCGCUCGUGCAACAGGAACACGACUAUCAACACUUCACAUUUUCUAGUCGCAGAGGCCCCCGAGGAGCAGAAUCUUCUCAACAAAGUCGACGAAGGAAGAGGGUAAGGCGACGAGCGCUACAACCACCACAACAAUCGACGGCAGUGUUGAAGACCACGCGUCGACGCUUGUCCGCGGGACACGCUGCCAAGUCGCCGACAGGUCUCUUGGGAGCAAAAAGAGUUGUAAUUUCAUAUUUACUUUUGUUUCAUCAUCUUCCAGUAAAGCUCAAUAUCAAAAUUCAACAUGAGACGACACUCCUAGUCACUCUAUUCUAUGUUUUGAGUUGCUGUUUACAGCGUUACCUCAAGUACUGCAUACUGUUAGUUACUUUUGUUUGUCAACAUUCUUGUCUAUUGUUCAGUUUGAGUGAUAUUAAUGACGAUAACUACAACUGCUCCACCUCCACGUUGUCGUCUUGAAGUGGACACACACUACGAUUUUCAGUGUUCGAGUGAGGAUUUUGAUUUUCAACUUUGUUUAACCUCUAUCGUAAUCGUAUUCAAUCAGGUAGCGAAGGGCAGUACGAUCCUCGUUGUAGAGUAUGUGAUUAGCAUACCGGAAACCAUGCCACCAGAUCAAAUCACUCAGAGGUUGGUGGCUUUGCAAGACGCCACCGCUGUAAGCGAAGCCAUUGACGCAGCACUGCGCUUUCGAUUGGUAUCCGCGCCGGGCGUCACAGAGGUAGUACGGUUGACCUGAGAAGAAAGCUUCUACUAGAGUCAGGAUUUCACUGAAGAAACACAUGCAUCCACCCAGCUCUACUAGAGGGUAAAGUUAGUAUGGUACUUUGAUUUUGUUUUUGAUUUUCACUUGUUCAACUACAUCAGGAACCAACGUCAGAGGCUUAAGUAGGCCUCUAUUUUGAACCGUUGCAGUAUAGCCUUAAUCUGCUUCCACUCUCAUCUCCACUCCAAUCUCAACCACCCGCCUUCCGAGUCUCUCUACUCUUCUUUACGUUCCACCGCUCACUACUUGCUUUCCCUCUGACGCCUGAUACACAGGUAGUAUCGAUUGCCGUAGGGGAAAUAGUAGCUGAGACAAAGAAUAUCAUCAAUCAAAGAGAGGAAACAGAGGGGGUCUUGACCGAAGCAGAGGCGACUGCUCACAUCGCCGCAGCGUUUCGCAUCGACGUCAAUAUUCCGAAUUUGGAAAAUUUGUUAUGGAUGACCAGGGAGGUAGUAGAAGGAACUAGGUUGGUAGAAGUUCUUCGUAUUGUAAUACAGCGCUUCUAUCCUUGUACUUGACACAAAUAGACUCUUCAGAAUCCUCCACCGUUCUUCCUUCAUGCUCAUCGACGAACGAGCUUGAAUCAAUUGCGAGAGGUCUGCAGGGGCCUGUGCAACAGGAUAUUCUUGGAGAAUACUUGCGACUAGUUGCGGAGCAUCCGACAUUAUUGUCUGGCAUGAAGGACCAGAUGAGAGUGACCUCAGAAAUCGCAAUUCCUUUAGUCCCGCCAUCAUCUUCUAGCACAAACCUUCUUCAAAAUACUGUUGAUGGACGAGAUACGAAUAGGAAUGCCUUAGCCAAAGCAGGUACCACGAUUGGAGUUUUUAGUUCAGGCGAUGUUUCUUCGUCGUCAUCUCUGGUAUCUUCGACGCUCUCCGAGGACUCAUCCGAUGAAUCAUCCAAGAGUAUGCAAGCACGUGCAAAAGCACGGCAUCAAAUAUUGAGAAAAGAGGAACCUCCGAAAAGUCCUGCGUCCUCGUCGCUAGUAUCGUCAUCUCGUGAGGAGGAUACAGAUGAAGCUUCCGCGUCAACACUGUCGCACAUGGAAGUUGCGUAUCGUCUAUCCUGGCCCCCGCAAGACUCGGCUUCAUCUUCAAGUGGUUCAUCUUCGACUACAAAUAGUAGUGGGAGUGGACCACCGGAUGAUGCAACUGUGGCGCAUGUUUUGAACACAUUUACACGAGAGGAGAACUUCAACACCGCGUUGGGAUCUACGCUCGUGCAGAGUGUAAACUCUUUUGCCGACGAGGUCGAGGCACUUCAGGCCUCAUUUGUCGACUCCUCAGUCGGUUCUGCUUCUGACAUGACAUAUUAAAAGCUAUAAGAAGACGAAACUUUAACUUUUCUUCGGUUGUUGUAAAUUGAUAGAUUCUUGUAAGCUGCACCAUCCUUUGUUUGUUCUAAAAAACACCAACUGCUGUUGAAGAUCAAGAUAUUAAUUUCAACUGAUUUCUAUUUCUAAGAAAAAUCCACACACUUUUUCUCUAGCCUCUGCCAUUCGGUUUGUCAUGCGAUUACUUGUUGUAGGCGGCAUCUAUUGGGCGCCGCGGUCCGCGGCGCCCAAUAGAUGCCGGAAUAUUACUACACCUACUGUUUUGCACAUACUACAACUUGCGCAAUCCCCAUGCAUUUAUUGCGCCUGUCAUCAGCACAGAUUCUGAUUUCGAUCAUCCUAAUACAUCUACGACGUACAUGUACGAUUACAAUGACACGGCUUUGGUCGGUCUUUGAGUUAUAGCGAUGUGCAGACUGACGGUAUACCGAUACAGAUACGCGCGAUGAACACUGCAUCUGUAUUGAGUCUCUCAUUUUUGUUGUUUGAUAAAGCCAAGAAUAGGGAGCAUUUUGCGAAAAGGAUGCAUAUACUUUGUAGAAAGAUUAAGAUUAGAAGUAAUAAAUUAUAAGAGUAAUGCGUGUGUGUGCGUUUGUGAUGUUGAAUGCAACAAUAUUUAGGAGGACCACCAGCCAUUUCUAUGCACCAGUCGAGAUACAGCAAGUGUUCCGUUACUAAAC